GAAUGGGGUAAUAGUUCACUACUCAACAUGCUGGCUUCAUUUCCAUUAGACUGAAUGCUCCUAAAAAGUACAAAUAAUUGUUGUCUAUUUUUCUAGUGAGGAAUCAAAUGGGAAUCUCACUGAAGAUAUCCUGCGUCAAUUGAGAUGUCACUUUACAUGGGAUUUGCUAAUUGAAGACACUGAAAUGCCUGACUUAGAAAACAGGAUCUUGGAUGAGAUUGAGUUCCUGGACACCAAAUACAAUGUGGGAAUACACAACCUACUGGCCUAUGUGAAACACCUGAAAGGCCAGAAUGAGGAAGCCCUGAAGAGCCUGAGAGAGGCUGAAGACUUAAUCCAGCGAGAACAUGCCGACCAAUCAGGCAUGAGAAGUCUGGUUACCUGGGGCAACUAUGCCUGGCUGUACUACCACAUGGGCAGACUAGCAGAAGCCCAGGCUUAUGUAGACAAGGUGGAGAACACUUGCAAGAAGUUUGCAAAUUCCUCCAGCUAUAGGAUGGACUGUCCUCACCUGGACUGUGAGGAAGGAUGGGCCUUGCUGAAAUGUGGAGGGAAGAAUUAUAAAUGGGCCAAAGCCUGCUUUGAAAAGGCUCUGGAAGGGGACCCCGAAAACCCUGAAUUCAGCACUGGGUAUGCAAUCACCGCCUAUCGCCUGGACGGCCUUAAUGGAGCACCACACAGUAGUGAGGAAUUUUGUCUGAACCCACUAAAACAGGCCAUCAGGCUAAAUCCAGAAGAUGCGUAUAUUAAGACUCUCCUUGCCCUGAAGCUUCAGGAUGUAGGACAAGAAGCUGAAGGAGAAAAGUACAUUGAAGAAGCACGGACCAACAUGUCCUCGCAGACCUAUGUCCUUCGAUAUGCGGCCAAGUUUUACUGAAGAAAAGGCUCUCUAGAUAAAGCUCUCCAGCUCUUACAAGAGGCCUUGAGGGCAACACCCUCCUCUGCCUUCCUGCAUCACCAGAUAGGGCUUUGCUAUAAAGCACAAAUGAUCAAAAUAAAGAAAGCUACAAACAUGCAGCCUGAAGGACAGGCUAGAGAAAACGUCAACAAAUUGGUUGGCUUGGCUAUAGAGGAAUUUCAAAAGACUUUGACACUAAGGCCCACAUUUGAGUUGGCUUAUGUUUCCCUGGCUCAAAUGUAUGCAGAAAUAGGCGACCACAGAAAGGCUGAGGACACUUUUCAGCAAGUGUUGCACAUGAAGAUCACUAACGAUCAUCUACUGCAAGAGAUUCAUUACCAGUAUGGUCGUUUCCAAGAAUUUCACAGGAAAUCUGAAGAUAAAGCAAUUACCUAUUAUUUCAGUGGUCUAAAAAUAGAAAAAUAUUCCUUAUAUCAGCAAAAAACUUUUCAAUGCUUUAGAAAUAUUCAUCGGAAUGUAUGUGUUGUGGAAAGUUUCAGCCUCCUUGGACUCAUCCACAAAUUGAAAGGGGAAGUGAGUGAAGCCUUGGUGUGCUAUGAGAAGGCUCUGAGGCUGGCUGCUGACUUGAAUACCAUGUUUUGAAGUAGAGCUCACCAUACCUGUUUAAUGUGUUCAUAACUAAAUAUAACAGAAAACUUUCCUGAUUGCUGCCUUCAGAAAUAUAUAACAUGCUGAUACAAAAUAGUUUGAUACAACACAUACUCUGCUGCCUGCUGACCCCCCUCUUUCUUUCCCCUUCCUUCCAUGUCUAUGAGAGGAGCAUUCACUCUUCUAUAACACAUCCCUGUACUCAUUGACCAAAGCUGAUUAAUGCUGUUUGGGGCACCUAUCAUCUGCUAGACCAACAAGAACCCUUUUCCCUAAGGCUUUGCAUUUGGAAUGAGCAGCUUCCAUCCUCAGUCUAGCUGGUCUCCUGAACAGAGGUGUCU